UUUCUUUGUCUCUAGUUUUCAUUUGAUUUGUAGCUAUGAUUACAAUAGUGCAUACACCAACAGGCUCCUGACCGACGCAAGGGCUGACUAAAGGAACGAAGUCUGAAAAACGGGUAAUAUGGAUACCGAGGAAACCUGCUGUAAUUGUAAAUGUGUGGCGUAUUUCGUUUUGGAGUUCAUACACGUCGGACUGAUCGUCACCCGUAUCAUCGCACUUAUAAUAUUUCUCCAUUUCGACACGAAGUGUCUAAUCAUUGAACACGGAUCAUCUCUCGAUUGUGAGCAAGAAGGACUUUUAGAUGACUCAGAAUCUUGGAUGUUUGCCUGGUUUAUUUUGUCAAUGGCAUCUGCAAUCUUCAUUAUUAUCAUUGUUUUGGUCGAUAAAGAGUUCCAUUUCGUAAAAUCGAAAGCACGUAAAGUAUGCAAGAAGGGCUCGUUCUGGUCGCUUACAGUUUUAGGCUUGCUAACAGUGGCAUACUACAGUGUUAGAGUUGGUAAAAGCCCAUCAAAGAAUAAGCAUAUAUCAAUUGCAUUGAUAUUUUGGCCGAUCGCAAUGUACUUUGUUGUGAUAUUUUUGAACUAUACGCCGCGUGUACGUUUCGAUAAAGACAAGCGCGGCGGUCGUUGUCCUGAAGAUUGUUGCCAGUGUUGUACACAUUGUAUAGAUAUGCCACGUGAAUGUCUUCCUGAAAAUUGUUGUAAUGGUGACACUGAAUGUUGUCGUUGUACAUGUUGUAGAGGUCGUACAUGUUGUAGAGGUUGUACACGGUCCACAUGUUGUACAUGUUGUACAUGUUCUGCAUGUUAUACAUUUUGCAAAAAUUUUGGUCCUUUCUUUAUUUACUGGACCUCUCUCAUUGUGUUUUCCAUUGAAAUAGCCUGCAUUUGGCUUGCUAUCGCACUUGACACCGCAUAUGAUGUGGCACCACUAAUGGAAAGUUCCUAUCGGGACGAGUCUAGCAGAGGGAUUGUUAUUUUACUCCUUGGUUUCAGAGUGAGCUACCACACACGGUUGCUGUUUUUCUUUUGGGAAAAGAUGUUUCAUGGCGAUAAGGACCUUUUUUCUGAGCCUUGUCCAAAAUUAUUGUCACGUUGUAAGCCAAGAGAAGAGCCAAGAGAGAACCCAGGAGACGAGCCAACACCACAACCCAAUUCGAUAGCAAUGGAAAAAUUUAAUGAGAACUCGAGCCUACUAGUACAGCAAAAUCGAAGGAGUCAAAUUCGGUGAAACCAAACAGGCAAGCACCACCAGUACCACAAAAAAACGACCCUGCACCCGCAAACAAAGCAGAGUAACUAUUUGCAGCCAGCUGACGCCGGAAUCACGACAUCAAGGGAAAUUCUUUAUUUUAACCUACCAGCUUUUGAUAUUUUUGAUCCAAGUAAAGAUUUUGUAAUCAAAUUUGCACAAAAAUAACGUUCUACUUCAAGUUAUUUCCUUACAACUUUCUCGUUAAUGAUUUAUCGCGUUUUCACUUGGAAUAAAUUUACGAUUGUAACUAUUAAUAUAUUUUAUUUUAAGCGUGAAAUAUGUUCCCUUUCAAGGCCGUAGCUAGACCGCUUAAUUGGGGGGGUGUAUAUUCAUAUAUUCAUGUUUGUAUACCGUAGGAACAAUA